CAAGUCAUAGCCCAUCAGACCAUCGCCCACGCUGGACGCGCCGCACCACGGUUCCGCGCGUCGCACUCAUGCUUUCGCUGCGGCGCUGAGCUACUGCUAGGUGCUAGCUGUUGCAGGGUUGGAGUCGCUGCCACCCACACCCAUUCUCGUCUCCCUUUUCCCCUCCUUUCCCUCCCCCACCCAAUCCAUCAUCCAUCGUCGCAUCUCUCCUCGGUAGCCAUCUCUUCAAGGAAAGUAAAGGUUCCUCAUCAUCCUUUCGUUUCUUGGGAGCCGAGAGCCGCUGGGACCGGCAGCGGGUGGCGGUGGUGCAUUUCUGGGAUGGGACUGCUGUUCGUGGAGCGGCUCGAGGGGGAGGGCGUGUUCAGGUGCCGGCGCUGCCGCGUGGACGCCGCCUCCAAGGACGCCAUCAUCUCCAGGGACUUCUACGGCCGCACCGGCCGCGCCUACCUCUUCGACCACGUUGUGAACAUAUGCCUAGGACCGAAUGAGGAUCGAAAUCUUGCAACUGGCCUCCACACAGUGAAUGACAUCUACUGUAGCUGCUGCCAACAGAUUCUUGGCUGGAGAUAUGAGAGAGCCUACGACCAAAGCCAGAAAUACAAGGAAGGGAAGUACAUCCUGGAGAGAGCUAGAAUGGUGAAAGACGGCUGACGAUCAUCGGAAUGUUUUUUUUGAAAGUUUAUCAUCGGAAUGUUCUUACCACCGAAAAUUGAAGAAGCGCACAACCAUAAAGAUAUCGGGCAGCUUGAGCUCGCUGCCGAUUAGCUAGGGAGAUGAUUGCAGAUGCUGUGAUUUGUGGAAAAUUACUGAUUCUGAAUUCUCGUAAAAGGAUUCUGGUAACUUGUUAGCAGUGCUAACGUUUGGUGACUUAUUGGUGAUCCGGUGAAUAGUAAUGAAGCUGAUUUCACUCUGAUCA